AUGGCAUCUGUGUCAUACCGAGAGCCAAUAUCUACUACUGUGGGAAAACGGAUGGUUGUUACAGGUCCAGAUUAUAUAAAGGAUCAUUUACCUAAAGUUCAUCAGCACACUUCCUAUAUAGGAGAAAAGCUUCCGGAAUUAGAAAAAACUGGAGAUCUCAGAUAUUUAUGUAGGCCUGCCUCAAACAGAAGCUUGCCAGCAAAAUACAAACACGAGUAUGUUGGUGAAAUUGGUUGGGGAAUUCAAGAGUAUAGUUUUAUCAACAAAUCAAGAGUUGAGAGUGGCUUUCAUAUCAAGGUAUUGUUCUUUGAUUUAUACUCUGCAUAG